CCGCCCCAUCCCGCCCCCGCGCCCUCCCAAGCUGGAAAGCGGCAACCGGCGAAGGCGCCUGAUAGCGGCGAAUUAUUUGCAAACAAGCUUCUGGUGCCGCCGCCGCUGCACAAGAGAGAGCUGCCAUGGGGAAAGUGCAAGGAGGGAUGCGCUGUAUCAAGUUCCUGCUCUUCAUUUUCAACUUCAUCUUCUUGUUGGCAGGUUCAGCUGUCGUCGCAUUUGGGCUAUGGCUGCGGUUUGGAAAUGUAAUAAGAGAUUUAGCGACUGAUGAAAAGUCCCCAGAAUACUUUUAUAUGGGACUAUAUGUGCUGGUGGGAGCAGGUGUGCUGAUGAUGGCAGUGGGGUUUUUUGGAUGUUGCGGAGCUGCCAGAGAAUCGCAAUGCCUGCUUGGAGCAUUCUUCACUUGCUUGUUGGUGAUUUUUGCUGCUGAGGUUGCUGCAGGUGUUUUUGCUUUUCUUGGAAAGAAAGCGGCUGUCCAAGAGGUGCAGGCUAUCUAUGAGGAUGCUUACAAAGACUUUCUGAAUGGUGAAAGCAACAAAACCCUCAUCCAGUUCCAUGAUGCACUUCAAUGCUGUGGGAAAGGAGUAAACGAUGCUGUAGUGAAGCCCACCUGUCCAAAAGACAUUGAGCAGCCCACAAAUUGUCUGGAUGAAAUCAAGACUGUUAUUGACUCAAAGCUUCAUUUAGUGGGCAUUGUUGGGAUUGGAAUUGCUGGAAUCACAAUCUUUGGCAUGGUCUUCAGCAUGGUCCUCUGCUGUGCAAUCCGUAACACAAGAGACAUGCUGUAGAAAUCACACUACAUAGCAUUACUUUCACCCCAGGCACUGGAAGAUUUCUGGACGAAUCUGCAAGAUGCGCUUGUCUGCUCAGCUUAACAACUAUAAUCCAUUUUAAUUAGUGGUGUUAACCAACUGACAGAGAAAAAAGGGAUGUUUGGUGAGCCUGAGAGUUUUGCAUCAUUUGGAUUUAAAAAAAAAUUAAGACAAGGAAAUAUGAAGUGAGCAAAUAGCAUGGGCUUAAAAAUGUCUUUUUCAAGGCAGUGGUUUCAUUUAAAACUAAAAUUUAUUUGAAAUAUGACUUUGCACAUGUGUGCAGGUGAUCAGUGCCUGUAUCUCCAUAUUCAAGUACAUGUGCCUUUGUUUGUUUGUUGACACAGAGAUCUGUAUAUACGGUAUUCCAUAUGACUGUAUGUGUGUUUUGCGGGUGUCUGUAUUUGCAUGCACAUUCUCUUUCCCAAGCUAAAUCCCUUUCCAAGUGGCCUCCUCAUUGUUGAUAAGCCAUCUAGUUUUUCUCCAGCCUCUGCAGUGUCCAAACAUAGCUAGAUUCAAUCAAUUGGACUGGGGGGUUAAAUGAUACAUUAUAGGCUCUGUUCCUGGACAACUCACCUUUGAGGAUUUCUAUUGAUUUCUGUUGGUUUGUUUUUUGGCCACCUGCAGAAUUGUCUUUAAUCUCUGUAGGCUCCAUGGGGAACUCUCUGACCUGCAUGAAGAAAAGUAGAGUAAACAAGGUAGCAGCACCCAGUCAAAGCAAUUAAAUCAAUAAGUGCAAAAUGAACCUUUCAUGUGACCUGUGUUGCCCUGUUUUUGAAAAGAGUCUCUCUCUUUCUUUCCUUCCGAAAAUCAGAUUGUCUUUGAUGGCAAACUUAGUCUGGUUCAGUAUACACUGAGCUUCCUAGCUGUUGUUGUUUGCUCUAAUAAACACUACUCUGUGUCUAUUGAUUUAAUUAUUUUUGAUAUCCACAAAAGGAAAGGUCUUUUCUAAACAAUCAAAAAACUGUCCCAAGUGCAUGAAGUGCAUCAUAAUCACACAAGUUGGGGGGAGAGUGGGUGAGAGAGUUCUUUUAGUUUAUAAAAAUGAGGUGCUGGUACUUAUACCUUGAUAAAAAUGUUGUAGGUGCCAGCACCCAAUGGUUGCCAUGGGCAGCCAAAAAAGAGGUGCCUGUACUGGUGAGUACCAUUUUUUAAAAAAAGCCAUAUAUCCCACCGUUCUAUCCAGGGCACUCAAGGUGGCUAUAAAAAUUGUGCCAGUUCCAGCUGUGCAUUAGUAUUAUGAUAUUCUGUCACACCCAUCCAGUACAAUCCUAAACACAGGUGUUCAUUUAUUCAGGCAUUAAGUCUGUCUCUGUUCAGUGGGAUUCGCUCUUCGCUAAGUGUGCUUAAGACUGCAACCUUAAUGAAUAAGGAUUAUAACCUUGUUGCAGGGGAUAAUCAUGCUAGUGUUCACAACUUAUUGUUUGUUAUGUGAGCAUUUCUGUGCUGGCUUUGCACAACAGCGAAGAGCACAACUAAUAGGGAAAGGGAAGGACUGUUGCUCAGUGGAUGGGCAUCUGCUGAGGAUGCAGAAGGUCCCAGGUCCAAUUCCGGGCUUGUCCAGGUAGGGCUGGGAAAAGACUCCUGCUUGAAAUCCUGGAGAGUUGCUACCAGUCAGUGUAGACAGUACUGAGCUAGAUGGAGCAAUGUCCUGCUCAGGAUAAGGCUGUGCUCCCUACAUUAAAAAAAUAAAAUUGUGUACAAUCCAGUCAAACUGGAGUGUGUGCGUAACUCUCCCACUGAACUCAAAAAUCUGAACUUUAACUAGAUCAUGAUCCAUGAUGUUGUUUUUAGAAAGGGAAAGGUUCUUGAAAUGACAGGUCAGUGCAGAGGUAGUAGGAAAGGAAAGUUUUGCACUUUGAAAUUAAAAAAAAGUGCUGGAUGAACACUGCAGUAUUGUGGUUGCACUAUAUACGCAUAAUCACUGAGGACACUGAACAAAUUUUUAAAAUUAACCUUAAAAUAAAUGUUCCCAAGAUUUUGCAGGCAUGGGGGGAGCAAGAGGGUGAUAAUGGCAUUAAUGAUGUCCCAGACAAUAAUCAGUCGGUUCAACACAGCAGCCAUGCUAGGAAGCUUCAGGAAAGAUGUUUGCACAACAAAUCAGUAAUAACUAUACAUUCACUAUGCUAAAACUUGGUUGUUUGGAAAGGACUAGAGAGGGACUAGAGGCAAGAAUGAGAAACUCUAGGCAUUUAAAGUGCAGUCUACAGUGGGCUUUCUUCCCUAUCAUCUGUGGCACAGUAGGAUGUAGCUGCCAAACUAGCCAGAGUUCAAUUCGUUUUUAAAUGGUGCACCUUUGCCUCCAGUUACCCCUGUAUUAGGACUGAAAGAAGUCAACCCAGACUUGGUGCCUGAACAGAGACUGCCGAGUCUGCUGGGGCUCUGUAUGUAUAGGAUCCACAUAGACUGCUCUUUCAGGAAAUCCUGUCCUUAUGGUUCUGGCUAAUAGAGUGUGAAUCAAGAUUUUGGAAUGAGAGAAGUAGCAUUACAACAUCCUUGUUUUCUGUUCAUUCUUCCUUCAAAUCAGAGGCUGGAUUACUGCAGAGCAUUUCACCUAGGCUGUACCUAUUGCAAAGUCAAGUUGUUACUGUCCAAGGUGUAUUGUGGGUUUAAAAGGACACUGUAUGCAUGAAAUACCUCAGGAGUGAGUUUACUGUUUGCAUCUGUGAUUUGUAUUGUUUCUAUUUAUUUCUACUAAAAAGGUUUCCUUUAAAAAAUAACUGGAUGGAUUAAAUCCAGCCAGUCAAUGGGAAGCAGUUAUGAUACAUUCCUAAUACAUCACAAUCAUUUGGACCUUGCCACUGCGCCCUUGGAACUUUUAUAUAUUGAACCUGUUUCUUUCAUUUCAGUAGUCAGAACUCAGGAUAACAACAUCUGUUCUUUCAGGGUUUUUUUAUUAUUUAGUUUUGUUUUGUUUCACAUGAUAAUAGGUCAUCUAAAAGAACAGAUUAACAGAAGAACAUGUGUUUUCUAAUAUAUGAUGUACUCCAUGUACAUGAGCCUUUGUUCCAUCAAAACAUAUUCAAAGCAUAUGAGACCUCAGGGAAAGCCUGCUAUUACAGGGCCGUUAUUUAAAGUGGAGUGUGCACCCAAGUGUGUGUAUCUCUGUGCGAAUGUGUGCAUGCGUGUCAGAGAGAGAGUGAAAGAAAGAGAGACCCUAAGUUGUGUGCAGCCUUUUCCUCCCUCCUCCCCAAACAUAAAUGCAUGUGCACCCCAUCUUCCCUCAGUUUCAGUUAAAUGCCUUUAUCUGUCUCUACUGCUUAACCCAGUUCAGACAUUUAGACACAUGAAAAUAUCUUUCACAUGUUGGGGACUAGGCAGUUUCAGGAAUGCAUGCAUCAUGCACACAAUUCACCUGUCUGACACAAGAGGUCAUUUGGUGCUGGCUGCACAUGCUGCUAACACCAAAGCCCAGCUCCCAACUUAUGAAAGACAUUGUUGUGAUCCUGAAUGGCUCCACAAGACCCUUGCUUCAUUGGGAAGCAGACUUGUCUACAUUCUAAGUAGUUUUUAUCUGAGAUUUGCAGGUCAAGGUGAUCAGAAAUAGCUGGACAUUGUGUGUGAGAGAAGGGGUUUAUCUUUGUUCAAAAACUGUCAUCAAUAUCAAAAUAUUUUAAAAUGAAGAUCUGAAGAAUUUCCGCCAAUUUUCUAUUCAAAAGAUGUCUUUUUGGAAUUUUUAUUCCAAGGAAAGAUUGUGUGGGAGGGAGUAAAGCACAUUCUGACUAAGGAUGGUAUAUGUGUUCUUUUAUUUAUUUCUGAACAUUUCCACCUUGCUCUUUAUUCAAAUAAUUAGCAUUUCCCUUAGCAGACAGACCAUUACCUCCAUCAGAAUGUCCAGAAAUGCUCAAAUGAAAUCAAAGCUGUUCUAAACAGCAAGAUGUAGAACAGACAUUAGCAAAAUCAAGAACUUCUGGGCCUUUCCACAGGCUUCCCAACCCUUUCAUCUUUUUAGCGCUGCUUCUGACCCCUCAUUUUCCAGUUUCGAGCUUUCUUUUGCCCCUUACAGCUUAGGGCUUAUCCAUUUGGUUCCCAUUUCAUUUACUAGGAAUGUUGUUCUAAUGUUCCCUAGGCCCUGUAAUCCAGCUUUCCACAGCAUUGUCAGGGUUGUGCUGGUCCUAGUCAGUCCAUAUACUGAUCAGGGACCAAUAUGACAAGUUCUCCACCCUCUUUGGGAAACAUCUUGUGCUCCCAAUUUUAUCUUUACAGGACCAAACCAGGAGCCCAGGAAGCACCAUUUGGAUGAGCCCUGUUUUCAUUUGUGCACCCAUCUUCUUCUUCCUAUUACUUACCCUUCCUUACCGGAUUUUAGUAGAUGAGACGGGAACUGUCCACCUUAAUAUAGGUUGAAGGGAGAGUUCUUCUCUGCUUUACUCUGGCAGUUAUAUUCCUUAUUCAUAGGGGGAACUAUGCGUACUCCCCCUGCUAUGUAAAUGCCAGAGAAAAGCCAUGGGCAGCACCAAGUCAGAAAUGGCUCCAACUCAGCCACUUGUUAGCUUUUGUCAUUUCUGUGAAAUGGCUCUGCCCUGUACAGACCUCACCCUUGCCUGCUGAAUAGUGCUGAUAACUGAGCUGUGGGUUGCAAGCCAAGGGUGGGGAUGUAGUAUCCACACGGAUAGAUUGAGCAGUGCACACACCCAUUGAUAGUGACAGUGGAGCAGCAGGGAGAUGCACAUGCACACACAUGCCAUUAUUUUAAAUUAAUGGACACCGUUUGAUUGGCAUCAGAGUACCAAUGAUAUUUUUGCUUUUCUCUCUUUCAUCACUGACUCCAUCAGAAUUGCCAAGCUUGGAGAAAUCAGUCUUGCUCCCCAAAUGUCAUGUGUUGUUGCUGGGUUACUGCUUUACUUCUAAGUGCCUUUUUGGAAACAGGCCCAAGAGCCAAUUCCACAAGUAAAACAAAAACAAAAAACAAAGUCAGACUUAAACUAUAUUGCUUUCUAGUGAAUUUUCACUUCCCUGCAUCCCAUCAUCUUUCUUUCUAUGCACACAAUAGAUAUUUCUGUCCUGUCCUCAUCUCAUCAGCUUUCCAGAAAUAAUAACAUGAUUAGUUUGGAAUUGUAUGUCAGAAAUGUAAUGGCAUCAGGUGCAUAUUUUCCUGGAUUAUUUGUGUGUCCCAGAAAACAGCAUAUAUAUUAAGUCUUAACAGUGCCUUUUAAAAACUUCACAGCAGUAGCCUUCCCACCUCACCAUGUCAGAAAUUAUUUACAAUGGUAUAUUGAAGGAUAUUACCUUGAAUGUCAGCAAAUGCUGGCACAUUAUUAUUUAGUUCUGUCUAUCUCUUUCUUAACCUUUAUACUUUUCUAAGGUGUUGUACUAAUGGUGUGCAAUCAGCGAGCAUGCUGUCAGUCUGGUUUUGGAAACAAAUGUUCCAAACCUCCUUCCAAGCUUCAAACAUUGUUACAUCCAAAUUGGCAACUUAACACACUCGGAUGACCGUCCCAGGUCUUGAUGAAAGUGGCCUAAAGAAUCAUGGGACAGGUUCUCCUUCAAAUUUAGUAGACCAGCAAUGAUGCUGAUAGUGAACAAGAGCUGUGCGUACUGAUCAUCAUUGCUGGGGUUGACAAAUGCCACCUUGGGUUCCUCUAGGAAAAUUCACCCUUUUUGUUGAGGUGCUGUUUCUUUGCCUGAAGCAUGAUAUUCUCACAAUGAAUUGUUUUAAUUAAGUUCUACUCUGAGUAGAUGCAUUUAAGUUAAUUAACCUAAAUUAGCCAUGUUUAUUAAAUUUAAUGAAUCUACGCUUGAGCAGGACUAGCAUUGAAUAUCACCCUAUAUUUCCAAACUCCAAUAGGGAUUGUAGUGUCUUCCCUAAGAGUGAGAAAUUGCUCCUGUAGGGAUCCAGCAGGAGCACCAGUCAGAUUGAGGUGGUAUGGCCAAAUUCUCCCAGAUGGUUUUAGGACAUCACUGCUACUGAGCAAGCAACACUCCCGAAGUGACCAAACAAAGCACAUGUGGUCUACCUCAGUACUAGGACCCUUGGCAAACUAUGCCAUGCUACUUUGUGCAAGGGAGAGGAGAGGAACAAUUUGAAGGCCCUUUAAAAUACAUUUAACUUGGAGGGGGAGCAUUUUCUAACUUUUGUCCCUUGUGGAGCCAUAGGUACAUUAUGCAUCUUAAAGAUGCUCUGUCCUGCCUACUGUAAAUAUGGGCAUUCUCACUAGCAACGGGAAUGACUAUUUAUACUGAGUUCCAGACCUUCUACUGUCUUCAGUGAGUGGUGUGUCAUUGUAUCUGUUGGAGAGUAGUGCCCUGACAACUCCUGGCAACCUGCAGGGUUCAGGUAAGACCUGACAGAACACAGCACCACAAAAUAGCUGUGCCUUCUUUGCUGAUUCCCCAUUGGAAACAAUUCUUUUAUGUGAACACAUGUUCAGUUUCUAGUAAAAUGGAUGUUCAAAACUGUUUUUAAUUCCACCUCUUAGAGACUUCAUUAACUCUUGAAAUGUUUGUAGAAAUGUAAAUAAACAUUGUUCUCCUUCCCAGUAUGGCUGAUAUCUGACAGCAUCAGCGCAUCAAAUUGCUAUACUGGGAAAGCAAGUAUCUUCACUAUCUAGUCAUUUCCCCUGGCUGUAAAUGUUAUUUGCACUUGUUUUGUUACUGAAACAUGUUCUAGUUUGGCCUGCUUUCUGAAUGCAUUUUUAUCAGCCUUUCUCUACUGAAGUUGAUGCAGAAAUCUAAUAAAAAUAAUAAUCUGAAAUAA